AUGUAUGGCGGUUCCUUACUCAGCGGGCUAGCCUUGCUCGCUGAAUUGGCCUCAGCCACCGAUUACGGAACGUUCUCCGACCCGGCCAACAAUGCACGCAUGAAAUUUCGGUACUGGCUACCGGAUGCCAGUGUGGAUAUUGCGACUGUUCAAAGCGACAUCGCAGCUGCUGGUGCACUUGGCGCUGGAGGAGUUGAAUUUUUGCCCUUGUAUAACUAUGGAGGAUCCCUUGCAGGACCACCAGAAGGUGCAGAUUGGGCGAAAUACGGGUUUGGUACACCGGCAUUCAAUGAGAUCUUCAAGGCUUCUUUAAAAACCGUCAAAAAUGCCGGUAUGCGUAUGGACUUUGCGCUUGGACCGAAUCAAGGUCAAGGUGUCCCUGCAGAGACUACGGAUAACGGCUUGCAUUGGGAUCUUGCACCUUUCAAUGCCACCAUUCCUACAAACGGCUCUUACCAAGGUCCAAUUCCUGGCUGGGGAACAGGAGAAUUAGUUGCGCUGGUCUCCGCCAAGGUCCUCUCAUCUUCGGUCAUCACAAACCCCGCCAGUAGUCUUUUUUCUACAGCCGCAAACAAUGCCACUCGCCUCGUUCUUGCUGUUGACUCGCUUCGGCUUCAUACCGAUGAAGUCAAUGAGGAUGGUACAGUCUCUUUGUCGUUCAACAGCACCAAACACGAAAAACACCACCUAUUUGCCUACUAUCAGUACCAGGAUCUGGUAAAGAAUCUGGACAUCCAGAAUCACACCACUGGGACAAUCUUCGAUAAUGGGUCCUACACAGUUGAUCAUUUCAGCGCUCGCGGUGCAGAGACCAUAAUCAAUUUCUGGGAGACUUAUAUUCUCAAUGAUACGACAAUCAAAACCCUCUUGGGUGAGGUUGGAACGUAUGGCUGGGAGGAUAGCAUCGAGAUCAAAUCCAACAUAUCCUGGACCCCAACACUUCCAACAAAGUUCGAAAGCUUGAACGGCUACAAGAUCCACAAGUUCCUACCAUUGCUCAUGUAUGCGAAUAAUAACCCCGGUGUUCAGCCGUCCUACCCAGGAGACUUGGAAUGUGUUUUGAACACCGAGGAUGAAGGUGCAGGCUACGUCAAUGAUUUCCGGGCAGCUCUGGCUCAGGGAUAUGGAGACUAUUUGAGGACUCUGACUACUUGGCUAGAAGGCCUUGGAUUGGGUUACUCUGCACAGAUUUCCUACAACCUGCCCCUCGAUAUGCAGACCAAUAUCGACCGCGUCACGGCUCCCGAAUGUGAAAGUCUGGCAUUCAACGAUAAAAUUGAUGGAUACAGGCAAUUUUCCGGUGCUGCAAAUCUGGCUCAAAAGGCGGUUAUCUCCAAUGAGAUGGGCGCAGAUCUUGAACAGGCCCUGGCCCUUCCACUCGCACAACUAUUGAACCAGAUCAACACAGCCUUUUCGGGAGGUGUGAAUCAGAUUGUUUUGCACGGACAGACCUACACUGGAGACUAUUUUCAGACUACGUGGCCGGGAUAUCUUGCCUUCUUCCUCCUAUUUGCCGAUUCCUACAUGGACAAGCAGCCCUCAUGGCUAUGGGGCUUGCCAGAUGCCAUUGGGUACAUCAAUCGAAACCAGUUUGUCCUUCACCAAGGAGAGCCUCGAAUCGAUGUGGCAUUUUAUAACAAGGUUUCAUACACUGAUACUCAGUUGGCAACUCUGUAUCAGGAGGGCGACUUGAUCGAGGCUGGCUUCACAUACAACUACUUGAAUCCCACCAACCUCAACCUCUCCCAGGCCUACGUUUCUGGAAAACUACUGGCUCCCAAAUCUCCUGCCUACCAAGCCAUUGUGGUUCCCUCAUUUGAAAACAUGACACUCGACGCACUCUCAGCAAUUCAAGGGUUCGCCGAUUCUGGUCUACCAGUCAUUCUGGGCAAGGACCUGCCAGGCUACUACCCAGACGGCAACACUUCUGACAAGCAGGCUGUACUAGCGGCUUUGCAGACCCUGAAGAACUCAACAAAUGUCCAUAGGGCUGCGGAUGGUCAGAUCGCAUCCAAGCUUCGAUCUCUGCACAUUCGUCCCCGCGUUGAGACCGUUCUGGCCAACAACACAAUUUGGUACCCAGUCAUGCGUUCGGACAAUUCGACGGACUAUGUCUAUGUCUUCAGCAAAGACACGGCUGGCACAGGAUACCUCGUUGUGAACUCUACCAAGACUCCUUACUCAUUCAAUAGCUGGACUGGUGAUAGAGUUCCCCUACUCGAUUAUCGCGUUGAAGGAAAUACUACCAAGAUUCCGCUCACCUUGGCGAUAAACCAGACUGCAGUCUUCGCAUUCAGUAAUGAAUGGAAAUCAGAUGUGGACACACCCUCUGUGCACGCCACUCAGAUUCCUUCAAAUGUGCUAGGUUGCAACUAUACCACAGCUGGAGGUUUGGCCGUGCACGCUACCAAGGGGGCAUCGGGAAGCAGUCAUUUGUUGAAGUUAUCCAACGGAAAGACAUACGACAUUACGACCAACGCUUCCACCUCCCCAGUCACCCUCGGUAACUGGACACUGACGGCGGAGCAUUGGCAAGCGCCCCGGAACAUGUCUGAUGCCACUGUGAUUGCAGACAAGCAUAAUACCACACAUCAUUUGACCUCGUUGAUAUCUUGGCUCGAUAUUCCCGGACUUCACAAUGCCUCGGGAUUGGGGUAUUAUUCCAACCAGUUCUCCUGGCCACCGUCUCACCAUUCUGAUGUUUCCGGAGCAUACCUAUCUCUCCCGGCCAUUUCUCAUGGUCUGAAACUGUUUGUCAAUGGACAAGCUGUGCAGACUCUUGAUUUCGCCAACCCCUUGGUUGAUAUCAGUUCCUUCCUGCACCGCGGAAGCAAUAAUAUCACGGCCAUUGUUCCGACCUUGAUGUGGAACUAUAUCCGGAGCAUCUAUGACGAGAUCCUGAUUUCGGGAAAUAAGCCAGAUCUCGCAACACUCCCGAAUAACGUGGAUACCGGACUUAUUGGUGAUGUUAAGGUUCUUCCUUACACCAACUUUCACUUCUCGAUCUGA